AAUAAACUAAUCCUCUCCAACUUCCAGAGCACCAUCAAGGAAUUUUAAAAACAUUGGACUUCCAGCAGCUAAAUACUUCUCAGGAUUCAGAAGGCCACAAAGCUAGAUACACCAGCAUUCUUUUUCCCUUCAGAAGAUUCCUCAGGUUUCCAGUUUAAGCUCUGAAGUGCAAACAACAAUCCAACAUUCAGUGCAGAUCCCUGACUGCAAGAAGAGGAGAUGUGUUUUCUGACCAAGCAUUCAGCUCUUGGGGUGGUAUGUUCUGCUUUCAUAUUCAGCGUGCUCAUUGCUGAAGGACAGCCUGGGGAAGAGCAUGGGCAGGAUGGCAGCUAUGCUCCCAGCAGAGGCUAUCUGAUGGAAGUUUUACGCGUUCUUUCAGCUGAAAACACUGAGCUCCACAUGAACCAUUCACGAGAACUGGUCAAAAUGUUACUGGAGAGAGCUGAAUGCCCACAGCGGAUUUAUGGCAUGCAAGAGGAUUGUAAUAUGUGCCUUGAACCAGAUGCUUUGUUGCUAGUAGCUGGAGGAGAUUUAGAAGACCAUCUCAGUGAAGAAGUAUUUGAGAGAAUUUCUCUUAUUCUUCUCUACUACAUUCUUCAUCGCAGAGAUGUAUGUUCUCCAGAACUCAGCUUGAAUAAUAAGGAUUAUAAAUUUUACCUGCAGAGUAUGCUUAGUUUAAGACAUGAUGAAGACUGUUAUUAUUUUUCACGGAAUGAAACUGAAGAUAUUUUAACUGCAGUAAGGCAACAUUUUAAAACUUCUGAAACCGAGUGUGUUGAUGUGAGCACUCUGGAGAAAAAUGCUGAUAUAACGGACAGAGAUGGUGCCGAUGAAAACACUCUUCCACGCCUGGCUGCUUUAAUCAUUACUCUGGCUCUCCAGGGAGUCUGCAUGGGGAAAGCAAGUUUGCCUUCCCCAGAAUUCUUUAUAAAAUAUAUCUUCAGUUCUCUAAACAGUACCACUGAGCUCCAAGUGACAGAACUAGAACAACUACUAAAUGUGCUUACAGCCAAAAAGACCUGCACUGUAAAUGGACAAUUCCACAGUCACAAAAGAAGACGUUACAGUAUGGCAAUCAGAGAUACUGGAAGAAAAAAUAGUCCAUUCAAAGGAAACCAUACAAAAGGAGACUCUCUGAAAGGCUAUUUUGAAGAUCGUGAAAGGAACACAGAUUGGGAUCAGGUUUGUUUCUCUGCCAAUGAACUUGUGAAGAUAUUUUUGAAAAAUGGUUCUUCCUCCAUUUCCAAAGACCACUUCAAGCAAAUCAGUCCAGCUAUCAUUCAACAACUUUUAAGUUGUUCAUGUCAGCUUCCUGACUUCAAGCAGACAAGACUUCCGCCAACAACUGUAGAAAAAUAUGGUUACAGCACUGUUGCUGUUUUACUUAUUACUAUUGGAUCUAUGUUUGGUACAACUCUCAUUUUAUUUAACUCCUGUCAAGAAAUCUAUACACUCGUUUUACAGCUGUUUGUCGGUUUGGCUGUUGGAACCCUUUCUGGAGAUGCAUUGCUACAUCUUAUUCCUCAGACUCUUGGUUUACAUAAACAUGAAGCACAAGACAUAGAACAUUUCUAUGAGGGAAAAGAAUAUAUUUGGAAACUUUUGGGAAUAAUUGGAGGAAUUCAUGGUUUUUUUCUGAUAGAAAAGUGUUUCUUUCUUUUGGUAACACCACGUGAACAGCAGGGCCUUUCUUUAGUUAAUGGGCACUGGGGACAUUCCCAUGAUCUUCCAGUGGAAUCUGAAUUAAAUGAACAUUCAGGCAGAGGCAAAUCUACUUCAACCAUACAGUUGAGAAGCCCAGAAGAUUCUGAAUCUGCUGAAGUUCCUCCGGAGAGCAAGGCGAUCAGCAAAAAAAGUAAGAAAAUCAGCUUGUUAGCAAUAAUGGUUCUGGUGGGUGACAGUCUUCACAAUUUUGCUGAUGGCCUAGUGAUAGGAGCAGCAUUCUCAUCCUCAACAGAAACAGGUGUGACAACGACUGUUGCUAUUUUAUGCCAUGAAAUUCCUCAUGAAAUGGGAGAUUUUGCUGUGCUGCUAAGUACAGGGCUCCCCACGAAGAUUGCAAUUCUGAUGAAUUUUAUAAGUGCACUGACAGCAUUCUUAGGACUUUAUAUUGGCCUUUCUCUAUCAACUGACCCAUCCAUUCAAAACUGGAUUUUUACUGUUACAGCUGGAAUGUUCUUGUAUUUAUCUUUAGCAGAAAUGCUUCCUGAAAUGACUCAUAUUCAGACGCGGCGACCCUGGUUGAUGUUUCUCCUACAGAACUUUGGAUUACUAUUAGGCUGGCUUUGCCUCUUACUUUUGGCUAUUUAUGAACAGAAAAUUAAAAUAUAAGUUUUCUGUUGG